CGCGCGCAUCUUCAAUGGCGGCCACGAGUCGUGGAGUCGUGGGGUCGUGGGUCCGUUCGUGUGCGUACUGGUGCGUACAGGCGACAGCGGUCUAUCCAGGUCCAUCGGCCGAUUUCCUGGUUCUACGUUGCGCCGAUCCGCGCCUGUGUAGAGACACGGCAACCGCGACGGCGAGGAUCGGAGCUCGGCUUUCGUCGGCAGCGUACGGCAACCGACCGGCAAGACGAAGCUCAAAAUGCCACUGAGUCCGAGCUCGAAGAAAACAUUAUGCCUACUACCUGACGAGAUUAUUAACGAGAGAAAAGGCAAUCAUGCUGCCCUCACACCGCUGGAAGACAUGUCCGCGGGACGAGGGCAGGCUGGUGGAGGGCCUCCUCAGAACUGUCAAAAAGUUUUUAUACAGCGUGACUACAGCGAAGGUACUAUGGUCAAGUUCCAAACGCGGUUCCCUACAGAACUGGAAAGUAGAUUGGACAGACAAUUGUUCGAGUACACGAUUAAUCAGUUGAACAACUACUUUGCCGAGGCAGAGCGUGCCAGUUGUUCCACUUACUGCGAGAGCUGCCUAUACUGUCUCACGGGUUAUCUGAUAAGCAUAUGCACUGAAACACACUACGAAAAGUGUCUGCGCAAAGUCGCCAAAUUUGUUAGCGAGCAAAACGACCGAGUGUACAAGCCGCGUGGCCUCCUGCUGACAGACCCAACAACGCGCGGGCUCAGGCUAAUAGAGAUCUCGGUACUGGAUAGACCUGCGUCGUGACUGCAUAUUAGCCGAUCCAGGGAGUUCUUCAUGUGACCCCCCGCGCAGCACUUUGGACAUUACCUCGCCAGAAUCACGGACAUGCACGCGCUCGUGAGUGCCUGUCGGCACAAUUAUGGGACAUAUCGGUUAGUUUGAAUCAUUUUCGCAAGGUGCAGAAAUUCUAUGAGGCUUGAAGGAACAAAUUUUCCGUCAAUGAUAUCUCGUGGGUCGCAAAUUGCUCAGGUGCACCUUGCACGAUUAAUCUUACCGAACACGCAUGCGAAGAACCAAAACUCUCUUGUCGUUUGGUCGAUUUAUAACAUACGUGUAUGAAAAAAAUUUAUGGGUAAUAGAAGCACGUAUGCAGAAAUGUACGCGAUUGAUUGAUUUGUGGAGAUUUUACGUCAUAGAUUUUUGUGAAUUUAAUUGUGACAAAGCAAGCUCUUGCAAGGUCAGUUUAAUUGCGGCAAGAGAGCACGUUUAUUCGCAUUCGUGGUGUCUCGAUCCUAAGUGGCAGCUGCUGCGUUCUCGACGGAGGACGUACAUCGAAGCGCGUGGAUGCAUAACGAAGCCGUGGCACUUCUAUAAGUUCAAUUUUCUAUAUGCGUACACAUAACGUAUAACAUACGAAAGUAUAUGAAGUGUAUAUGACGAAUCAGGACGCGGUAAGCGAAAGCGUAACUUCGUGUUCGUGCAGUUUGCUGAACGACAUGAGUUGGCUUAUCAUAAGCCGUCACGUUGAUUUGUCAUGUAUACGACGGGGUCUACAUAUUUUUUUACUGUUCAUUUAUGACUUUAUCGUAUCACCUGCAUUUAAUUAAUGAGACGUGAAUGAGAUGCGUGUCUGCGUGAAUUACUUAGCGAGGAGAUGGCAUUCGAUGUUAGCGUCUGUAGCGCGUGUUUUGUUCAGGUUCCGCCGAGCUAAGAACCUCGAUUACGAGCGAGCCUUGUUCUCGAUGAAUGCUGACGAACGAAUCUCCAAGUUCUCAUCUUCCGCGGUAUAUCUUCCAUUGCGUUUGAGUAUCCGCGCGCAAAAGUUUAAAGUCUUUUUGCAUAUGUAUGUAUACAUUGGAUGGAAUGUUCAGUUCGUCGCGCGUGUGGAUGCCUCUCGACAGCGAAUACGGAUAGAUUCGAUUGGAAUUAGUGGCACAAACACUCAUCGUGCCGCAAAGGAACCCAAGGAUUGGCUAAAAAGAAAAAGAGGAAAAGAAAUUGUGUAAAAAGCGGUGAUGUAAAAAGUAAGUUAUGUUUACAAAUUGAUUGGCAUUGUGAUCAAGGCGAAGCCGUUGCGAUGCAGCGCGAAACUUUGUACGCUUUAGUCCGCUCUCUUAGUUGAAACCGGACACCCGUCGCGACGCUGGACGCGUUUUCCACAUAUUCCGUUUUCCUAUUAAUUAGUUAUAAAUAAUAAUGAUCUCAAACGAUACAACGACGCAACACCAUGUCUAUCUUUACUUUCUUUUACACGCUUUGGGAGCCUAAAGUAUUGUAACGCGCGAUACGCAACGCCAGAAUGACGAUCCGACGACUGCUCCAGUCGAGACGAACGUCGAACUAAUCUACUGUGACUAGCUCAAUUUCCAACGUAACGUAAGUCUCGCACAAAGAAAGACUAUACGUGAAGAUCUCGCACCGUAUCCACGUCGUUGGAAUUCGGGCUUGUCGAUGUUCUUUAUCGGUUGAAAGUCGCAAUUCACGCGCGCUUGCUGCUGCAUCAAGCACAACGGCGAACGAUCUCUCUCGUUCUUGAUCACAAUGCCGGCGGAGCCUGCCCGACGUUGUAAUGCGAUGUUAUUUGCUGAAAGAAUCUUGCCAAAUAAGCGUGUCACUGCCGCUGUACGAUUUUCUAGCGCGUACGAGCGCUCGAAGGAGACGUACUGGCCCGAAGAUCCCCUCGAAAGGAGACGAUCAAGGGAGAUCUCCGAGAGAAGAGUGAUAUCGGAAAAAAAGAAGAGAAGAAAGAACCGAGCAAACGGGAAGCCGCAGGAAGGAAAUCUCCCAGGAAAAUUACGGGAAGUUUCCCAUCAACCAAUUUUUUUGGACGUCGCAAUAUCACGUGCAUAGGGCUCUGACUGCAUGUGCGAGCGCGCAUGUUUGCAUAUAAUGUAUAUAUAGCGGAUUAUAAUCGUCGACACGAAAUACAAGGAGACGGAUGGAGGCAAAAAAGAAAAGGAGGAAUCGUUUGUUAUACUUAAUUUAAUUUAGUAGGACCAAUAUUGGAUUGAGGAUCCAUAACUGUAAAGGACACCAUCGUACGAGUGUAAUUUCUAAUUGUUUUAAUAAUAAAAACGGCGUAAAUGUA